AUGAAGGACCUAGGGGAAUUAAAAUUCUUCUUAGGCAUUGAGUUUUCUAGAUCAGAUAAGGGCAUCCUAAUGACACAGAGGAAAUAUGCUUUGGAGCUGCUGUCUGCAACUGGACUAGGAGGAGCAAAGCCAGUUCAUACACCUUUGGAGCUGAACAAAAGACUCACAUCAAUUCAAUAUGAUGAGCAUGUGAAUGGUUCAAGUCCUGACCAUGAUAAACCACUUGCUAAUCCUGAAAUGUAUCAAAAGUUGGUAGGAAAGCUUCUCUAUCUGACUAUGACUAGGCCGGAUCUUGCUUUUACUGCACAAGUUCUUAGCCAGUUCAUGCAUUGUCCUAAGGAGUCACAUAUGGAGGCAACAUUAAGAGCAGUAAAAUACAUCAAAGAAACACCUGGUCUAGGAUUACUAAUGCCAGCAGAACAAACUACACAACUAACAACUUACUGCGACUCUGACUGGGGGGCAUGUCUUGAAACAAGAAAAUCAGUUACAGGGUAUUUAGUGAAGUUUGGAGGAGGAUUAAUAUCAUGGAAGUCUAAGAAGCAAGGGACUGUGUCAAGAAGCUCAGCUGAGGUAGAAUUCAGGAGCAUGGCCACAUGUGCAGCUGAAAUAACCUGGUUGAUAGGCUUAUACAAAGAGUUGGGAGUCAAUAUAACAGUACCAGUAAAAAUGUUCCUUACUACCCCAAAAAAAGCAAAGAGGAAUACAAUUGUGCGUUGUGAAAUAGAGAGUUCAUACAUGUUGCCCAUUAUUUGCAAAAACAACAAAUUAGCUCUACUUCGUGAGAAUCGUCAGCGUUUAGAUCACCGGAAGGAUGAUGGAAAUGAACAUCAAAUCCCAAUUGCCAUGACUAAUGCUAAAUCUGUGAUGCCACUGCAGAGCUUGUUUAUGCUGAAAGAACAACGAGAAUAUACUUAA